CUCGCAAAGUUAGCUAGUAAGUCGUAAUAGAUUCUAGUACAAUUGUAAUAGUUCGCCCAACUCUAAAAUACAAAGUUGACAUGUAUGACACACCAAUUAUUUGUGUUCUAUGAGUGUUUCUCCUUCUCAUUGUGACUUCUUGUUUGUUUAUAUGUUUUGUGGUUUUUGAUUUCCAAAUUUUUCUAAAAACAUACACAGUAACUGUUCCAAGGGACUUUGUUGAAGAAUACAAAAAGAUAUUUCUCAACUCGCACCAUGAGGUACAUAGAACAGGAGGAAGCGACCAGGAGCUGUUCAACGAUUACAGAUUCUCUGUGGAUCAGCUCAUUGAACUGGCCGGGCUUAGCUGUGCUACAGCCAUUGCAAAGACGUACUCAAUGGAGAAAGUUGGAAACAAAUCUAUAUUAGUAAUCUGCGGUCCCGGCAACAACGGCGGCGACGGCCUGGUGUGCGCGCGCCAUUUGAAGGUGUUGGGUUACAAGCCGGUGAUUUACUAUCCGGUACGCACCGAGAAGCAGCUCUACAACAGCCUGACCACUCAGUGCACGAACAUGGCGGUGCCUUUCUUGCAAAUGCUGCCCGAACUGUCGACGGUCGAAUGCACGUUCGCGCUGAUCGUCGACGCCGUGUUCGGGUUCAGCAGCUUCAAACCGCCGGUGACGGAGGCGUUCGUCGCAAGGAUCGAUCUCAUGAAGAAGGCUACGGUGCCUGUUGUCAGUAUCGAUCUCCCUUCGGGCUGGCACGUGGAUAACGGCGAGCCCGAAGAGCGAAGCGGCCUACUUCCCGAAAUGCUGAUAUCGCUGAUGUGCCCGAAAAGGGGCGCGCUCGAUUUCAGAGGAAUCUACCACUAUUUGGGAGGCAGAUUCGUGCCGGCCGCGUUGGAGGAAAAGUUCGAGAUGAACCUGCCGGAGUACCCGGGAACGGACUGCUGUGUCCUCAUCAGCUGCGAUUGCGAGGAUGAGGAACAUCAGAAAGAGCAUUAGACCCGCAAAAAUCGGGUUAGAUUAUUUGAUGUUUUUAGGGAAUCAAACCGAAAUGUAGUAAUCGGCGAUUUGUCUAGCGGUAUUUUUUAAUAAAUAUAGUCGACUGUGUAGGAUUAUCUUGAACAGGAGAAGCAUCAGUUUUUUAUUGUUUCUAAUUAAUGUUGGCCGUGGAAUAUUUGAUUUUUGUACUCUUUCACCUGUGUAAACAUAGCCCUCCAAAAAAUUAUCACACAAUCUACAGAUAUUUUUCUUUUGAAAAAAAAAAUACCUCUAGACGAAUCACACAAUAUAAACCAUAGCAGAUGUAUAUUUAAGAAAUCCAAAAGGCUGAUACACUUAGUUCCACGAAUCUCGUUUUUGUGUCUUGACUUGUGUAAUUUCGUACAAAGUUACGUGCUCUUCAUGCGGGGCGUUAUCGGAUCCAUUUUAAGAAGAAAACUUUAUAUGAACCUAAACGUCUCAAC